AUGUCCUGCCAGCAGAGCCAGCAGCAGUGCCAGCCCCCUCCCAAGUGUGCCCCCAAGUGCCCUCCCAACUCUGGGGGCUGCUGUGGUUCCAGUUCCGGGGGCUGCUGUGGUUCAAGCUCCGGGGGCUGCUGCAGCUCUGGCGGUGGUGGCUGCUGCCUGAGCCACCACAGGCCCCGCAGAUCUCUCCGUCGUCAUCGUCACAGCUCUGGAUGCGGUAGCAGUGGUGGCAGCAGUGGCUGCUGUGGCAGCAGCGGUGGCAGCAGUGGCUGCUGUGGCAGCAGUGGUGGCAGCAGUGGCUGCUGUGGCAGCAGCGGUGGCAGCAGUGGCUGCUGUGGCAGCAGCGGUGGCAGCAGUGGCUGCUGUGGCAGCAGUGGUGGCAGUAGCCAGCAGUCUGGAGGCUGCUGCUGA